CUGCUCACCAACACGUUCUUCCGUCGUCUCCCCCGGCCCCUCGCCGCCGCCGCCUUCCUCGUCCCGCCUGGUUCGAAAAACAAGCAAUCCAGUAUGGCCACCGUCGCCAAGAGCUCCAAAAUGCACUCCAAGGUUAUCAUCAUCGGUUCUGGACCUGCGGGCCAUACGGCGGCGAUCUACCUCGCACGAGCGAACCUGAAUCCGGUAUUGUUUGAGGGUUUUAUGGCCAAUGGAUUCGCUGCCGGUGGACAGCUCACGACGACGACCGAUGUCGAGAACUUUCCUGGAUUUCCCUCGGGCAUAAUGGGGCCAGAGCUUAUGGACAAAUUCCGCGAGCAGUCAGUGCGGUUUGGGACAGUCAUCAUCACCGAGACGGUGUCGAAAAUCGACUUAUCUGCGCGCCCAUUCCGGUACUGGCGUGAGAUGCAGGAGGAGGAAGAGCCCGAGACCGCUGAUACCGUUAUCAUCGCGACUGGUGCGAGUGCAAAGCGAAUGGGCUUGAAGGGAGAGGACACCUAUUGGCAGAGCGGCAUCAGUGCUUGCGCUGUCUGCGAUGGUGCGGUGCCUAUCUUCAGAAACAAACCACUUGCUGUCAUUGGUGGCGGCGAUUCUGCAGCAGAAGAAGCCACAUAUUUGACUAAAUAUGGCUCUCAUGUCUACGUGCUCGUUCGGCGUGGAGAGCUGCGGGCCUCCAAGAUCAUGGCCAAGCGGUUGCUUAACAACCCGAAGAUCACCGUUUUGUGGAAUACUGUAGCGACCGAGUGUGUCGGCGAUGGUGAUCUUCUCCAAGGUUUACGCAUCAAGAAUGUUCAGACGGGUGAAGAGAAAGACUUGCCCGUCAAUGGCCUCUUCUACGCUAUUGGACACGAGCCCGCAACAAGUCUAGUCCGCAAUCAACUGCAAACCGACCCCGAUGGCUAUAUCAUCACCGUUCCUGGUACCACACAAACUUCAGUAAAGGGCGUCUUUGCUGCCGGUGACGUUCAAGACAAACGAUAUCGACAAGCCAUUACCAGUGCGGGGAGCGGUUGCAUGGCUGCGCUCGAGGUUGAGCGUCUAAUUGCGGAGGAGGAGGAGCUUGGCGGGGAGGCAUAA